AUGUCUAAAUGCUUCAGCUUAACUGCAUCAAUAAACUGGCUCCUCAAAUCCGGCUUUACCAAUUUGGUCCUCCGAUCGACUGUCACUGACCUAGGUGAUGGUACUGUAAUGCACUGCUGGGUGCACAAGCUCCCAAAACCGAAGCCGUUUCUCUCCUACUUGACCAUUACCAGCGCAGUGCCUCUCCGAUAUUCCGCCUCCAUCUCUCCGAUAGUCUAUCGCCGACAGAUUCAGAAACUGCUGAUGUCCACUUCUACUUUGGACUUGAACCACAGCAAGGAUCAAAUGAAGAGAGAGCAAUUGUGGCAUGUAAAGAAUAGUGAAGUUUCAGAUGUUGAUGAGACUGAAUUGUGCAUUGGACCAGAAACCAGAAAUAAGUGUAAUUCUCUGCAGAAAUGA